AUUUUUGUUCUCUCCACUUCUCCUUGCAAUUUCGCUGCGAAAAUGCUAAAUUAAUUCGUCACCUUGUUUAAUUUACUCUUUUGUUUUUGUUUUUCUCUCCGCAAGCUAUGAAUCGUCGUCGUCGUCAUCACCAUCUCGUCGUGGACGCGACCGCGAGAAGGGGAAACGUGCUAGGGAUAUCUCCACCGCGACGGCAUUAGCAUCAGCAGCCGUAGCAAUGUGAGGAGUUGAGGAGAUACCCGGCCGCUUCCGUGCGCCGUUCGAUCUCCACUGGCUGGAGCGGGCCUUUGCAGGGUUCAGCGGUUGCGGAUCUGUGGUGUUCUUUGUUCAACCAUGCCUCAUUUCCCGAGCGGCUCAAGGGUGAAGUGCACGAUGCUCGCAGUGCUGUGCGGUAAGGUAGGCAAGCAGCGGAUGCCACCUGAUCCAGUGCCCGAGUCCCAGCGGCCGCGGCCGUCAUUCCCAUUCCCGGAGUUGAUCUCAUCCGGGAGGUUGGACGUGCACACGCUGAUCAAUCCUACGGUUGAUCAAUUUCUGGAGGCACAACGUGCUUUGCAGCCCCGCUUCAUGUACUUCCAGGGUCAGCAGCUUGACAAGGAGGAAGAAAUUGGUAGACUUGUCUGGGGCGAUGCUGAUGUAUCGGAUCCACAGAUAUUUUCUUCACUCAUUUGUCCGCCUUUUCCUACCAUAGUUUAUUUGGAAGUUCCAAGUGGAGAAAAGAUUGCUCAAUCUCUUCAAUCGAAGGGGAUUUCAUAUAUAAUGUAUUGGAGAUAUUCAUUAUCAUCGUUUGCAGCAUCUCAUUUUCGCCAUUCCUUGAUGUCAGUUGUUCCGAGCUCAUGCAGCCAUGCAUGGGAUGCAUUUCAGCUUGCAUAUACUUCGUUUGAACAAUACUGCGUAAGAAAUAAUGAGGUGCAACGUCUCAUGCUUGGGCCUCAUCUACUUGGGGAUGCUCCAAGGAUAUAUAUCACCCCUCCUGGAAACAAAAUGGCUGAGGAAGAAGAUACCUCCGAAUAUUUUCCAGACAUAAAGAUAUACGAUGAAGAUGUGCACUUAAAGCUUCUUAUUUGUGGAGCACAUUGCACCCCGGAUUCAUCUAUAUUGAACUCACUAGAGGAUGGUUUGAAUGCUCUUCUCAAUAUUGAAUUUCGAUGGUGCAAACUCCAGGAUAGAGUCAGUGCUGCUCCUCCUCUUCAUGUUGAUUCAACUCUAUUAGACGGGGUGGUUACAAUAUGUUGUGAUAUCACAACAUCCAGUUCUUCACACGUGUCACUGCUUCAUUCUGGCAGUCCGCAAACCUGUUUUGAUGACAAGCUUUUGGAGAAGCAUAUUAAGAAAGAACUUAUUGAGAGCCGCCGGUUAGUUCGUGUUGUCUCAGUUAGCGAGGAUGAUAGACCAUCUUCAGCCGAGCCUUUGACUUCAAUGUCCGUGGCUUCUGGAGCUUCCACUUUUGAAGUCUUGAUGACCUUACCUAAGUGGGCAGCACAGGUUUUGAAAUAUCUUGCUCAAGAAACGUCUUACAAAAGCCUGGUUCCACUUGGAAUUGCUUCUGUAAAUGGCACUCCAGUAUCUUCGUUCGAUAGACAAGAUGUGGAUCGGCUUCUUUUCUUUUGCACAAACCAAGAUGAAGAUGAAGCUAUUGCAAAUGGUCUAUAUCACCAUCCGCCAAGAUGGUCUGCAUCCCUUGCGAAGGACAGAGUGAAGGGAAAUAUGGUGUCAAAACCAGCUAGGUGAAGGAUACAAGGGCAAUGGCAAUUUGUAGUUGUGCAAAGGUGGUGUCGAUGCUGAAUGUUGAGAGAAUGGGCAGCUCACUUGCACCGUCAUAGCAAGGGCAAGGUUCUAUGUUGAGCUAAUCCAAACUUAUAGUUUUGAUGAACAUGUCUUGUUUUUUUGUGUGAAUCUCAUUGUACGGUUGUUGGUUUAUUAACAGCGGCCAAAAUUUGAAUCUUGAAACUUGAUUUUAGAUUUUUUUUUUGUUUCAUUGUAGUGUAUUUUCUAGCCUAGGCUUCUAAAUCGCUUAACAUGUUUUUUUUUUAUGGUUGCUUCAUUCAGUUCUCUACAGCUUGUCAACGGUAGUCCAACUGAUUAGAAUCGAAAUGUUGAGAAUCCUGUAACAGA